AUACCUUUACAUUUUCACGGGUCGAGUACUUGAAUAGAAUAUUAUGCGACUGUUGCAUUUGGAAUCGUUGAAGCAGUUGAGAUACAGUAAAUGUAACGUCGAGAGACAAUAGUGUAAACGGGUGUGAGCAUAUCGAGGCAACAUGAAUAUAGAUACUAGAUUGGGCUUAUUUGACUUUUAUCAGUCACAAGACUUUCCAAAUCGUUUCUCCUUUCUUAUUAUACUAAUAUCAGCUGUUUCCGGUAUUGUGACACCGUUACAACGUUCAACCGAUGGACGCAUUCUCUGGAAAAAUUUUGUGGAAGAGCAGAACCAGCGUGAAAAAUCAUCAAGAUUAAUAACCUGUGCAGUGCCGUUCAUCGAGGAAUAUUUCGAAUAUGCGAAUCAAAUAUCGUUCUUGGUCUCUGUCUUGCUAGACGACGCUUCCGCUUUCCUAAAACCAUUAAUGACCGAAUUACCCAUAAGCAGCACUGUCUAUUCACUAUCAUUCGUAGAACCAACAGACGCAUUAGAAACGUACGAUGUUUCUGAAAACAUCGUUAUUUUAGCAAAAAGCGCAAUCACUCUCGAAACAAACUAUUCCUAUUUUGUCGAUUACUGCAAAAGUGAGUGCGCUUUUAUAAUAAUGCUAACGAAUCUAUUCGUUGACGAAGAGAGUUUCUUGAUACAGGCCGGCGAGAUAGUAGAACAAAUGUCAUUGCAAUCCAUGUUCAAGCUCGCAAUAUUGGCAUUGAUUGAAGAAUCAGUUCUGUUGGCCAGUAGCAUUCCGAUUCGGAUCGAGGAAGUGUAUGUGUUCGCCGAGCCAGCGCUUCUAGGCAGAUGUCAAUGGGAGAAUGCAACUGCAAUUCGAUGGCAGCGUUUCGGGACUAAAUCGUCGUCAUUCAAUGCCUCCGUCGUGAACGCGGCGAUAUAUAAAAAUUUUCCGUACGCGUAUAUGAUCAAUGACAAGAAUAAUUCGAGAUUCGGCGGUAUCGAAGGUUCGAUGGUGGAAGAAAUCGCGAGUAACAUGAAUCUCGAACUAAACAGAAAUGUGAUCGAGUGGCAGCAAAACAUUACGAUGCAUACACAGCUAUAUCUGAGACUUAACAACGUAACCGAUGAUUUGAUAUUUGGUGGUCUCCUGUGGGAUCCCAAUGGAAAGACGAAGUACAUGACUUGUUACGGUAUGAUACAGGUCGUGUGGCUAAUACCGAUGAAAACGAACGUUUCCUUCCGCGGUUUAAUAACGCCGUUCAGCGCGAGUGUUUGGUACGCCAUAAUCAGCACAUUGUUCCUCAGCGGACUCGUAAAGCACUUCUUAAUUCAUGACGUCUCAUUCCUGGACAUGGCGGCCCUAGUUCUUGGCGUGGCCACCAAUCGUCCGAACAAAACUUCCAGCAAAAUUCUAUUCCUAUCUUACAGUCUAUUCGGUUUCUUUCUUACGCAGCUUUAUUUAGGAUCGCUGGCCGAUCAGCUCCAGAGUGCGACGGAUAGUCAGAUUGAAUCCAUGGAGCAACUAGUUAAAUCGGGGCUACAGAUAGGUGGGAGUCAGCGAUUAGCUCAAUUAUUGCAGACGCCUGACAAGAUCGACCAGGGCAACGUCGAACAAACGAUCCGCGAGAAUCUUAUCAUUUUCAAACAGCAGGAUUAUAUCGAUCUGUUUUCAGAAAUUAUUGAGGGAAGUAAUACUAGUCUAGCUCUUCUUGUAAUGGUAAAUCUGACCGAUAUACGCCGUUUGUCCAAUUUGAAACACGCUCACAUUAUGAAAGAAAACGUGGGCAGUUAUCCGUUAGCCCUCGCCACUUGGCAAGGAUUCCCGUACUUGGAGGAAUUUAACUUCAAAAUCCAAAUGCUCGUUCAAACCGGUCUCGUUGAAUUCUGGUCAAACAUGGAGGCAUUGAACAAAAGUUAUAUCACAAUGAAUAGUGACAAAGAUGAUUCUUACAUUGACAUGGAUGAUCUUGCACCAGCUUUUCUUCUUUUGAUCAUAGGAUAUUUUGGUGGAUUUUGCCUGUUGAUUAUAGAAGUUAUCUUGUAUCCGUCUCAAGUGCUUUUAUAA